UGGGGGGGCGGGAGGGGGCUGCCCCGACCCCGGACAGGUGCGCGGGAGGUGGGAGGCACGGAGCUGCGUCCCCGCUCCGCCCCGCCGUGUGCCCGCGGAACGGGAGCGGACAGCGGCUGGGGCCGGGAGUCAGGGAAGGGGAUUAGAGGGGAUAUAGGGCGAGGGGGUGGAGGAGGGGUCUGGGAAGGACUGGCGAGGAGGGGAGUUCGGAGACGGGGGGGAAGAAGAGCGGGGGUAGUGGGGGGAGGAGGAGAGGCGGAAAGCGGAGAGAGAAAUGAGCGAAGGGACAAAAGAGCGGGGCCGGAGCGGGAUGUACAGGACGGAGGGAGGAGGUGCCGGGGGGGGGCGGCGGCUGCAGGGCUGUCCCAGUGGGAAGGAGCCGAGCUGCGCGCGGGCGGUGGGCCCGACCCGGGGGGGACCCUCGCUCUGACCCCACAGCCUCGGUCUGGUCGGGAGGCGCGGGGGUGGGGGGGGCGGAGGGGCGGCCCGGGGCGGAGCGGUGCCGCUCGGGGCGGCCGCACCGCGGCUGUGUUUCAAUGCAGAGCCCUCGGUCUACUCCCGCCCCCCGCAGCCGAGUAGCGAUGGGAUUUAGUACUUAUGUGAACCCUUUGUUUACGCCCGAGCUAAUGGUUAUCCCGCGGUAACGGGAUUUCCUCUACUGGAGCUGCGCUCCGGGGUUGGUUACCGGCGGAGCGCUGAGCGCUUCUCAGCGGCGCUCACAGCCGCGGAGCGCAGUGCGGAGGUGCUGAGGCGUUCUCAUCGUGAGGAAACCCGUCUGUGUGAGGCUGUGACGUGAAGAGAAACAGUCGUCUGAAAACGAGCAGAGCAAAGGGAACCAUUGACCGCUUGCCAUCGAUCGCGCUCAGCAGCGCAGCGCGGCGGGGCUGACAGCCGCGGGCAGUGCAGGCGCCGGGGGCACCGGAGUCCGACCGAGGGGAGCAGCGCUGCGUGUUGCGGAGUACGUCUCGUUCUGUGCGUCUUCGGAGCGGGGCCGCGAUCUGUGCAGCCGUGAGCGAAAUGCAUCUCCCAGCAGUCCCGUCCUGGCUGGGCUGCUGCCGCUCCGCUGUCAGCCUCCGAGCCCGCUCCUCACCCGAGCAGAAGGUGCUGGCAGAGACCCCGCGCUGCGAUGGGGGGGGGGGGAAGGAACUGGGGGCUCUUCCUGCGCUCAGUUAUGGAUGGAUUUCCUCCUGUGUGGUUGGAUGCAUCCUCCUGCAUUGCUUUGUUAAUGUUAGGACUGUAAAAAGGGGAUCAGGUAACACAGCAAACCAUAAAUACCAUCACCUUAUAUCUUUGUGCGGUUGUAGCAUUGUUCUUUACACGUACGUAUUCUCUAGCAGCAUACAGUGCAGUUUUGACUAGAUGGGAGGUGUUUGCAGUCUUUGCCCGGAAGACGAUAGCAAUGGAAAGCCUCAUUGACUUUUAACCAUGACAACUUUGGAAGGAGAACAGUGAGGUUUUCUGUUCCCACUGAGCUGCCUGCAGCCAUGCUUUGUGCAGCCCGUGUGUCAAUUCUGUUGUGGUUUGUGCUCUGUCCUACGCUGCAGCGCAGGGACCAGUCAGCUGCAAAGCGCAGUCCCCGCUGUGCUGGGAGCGGGUCCGGGGCUGCUGGCUGCGGCCCGGCUCUGCAGCUGUCCCGCUGUUUGUUUGCUGCUUGUGUCUGAAAUGUCUGAAGCUUCUCGAUUCACAUCAUGUGCUUGUGUCUGCUCUCAGACUCAGGUAUGUUGGCUUAAACAGUUGUAAAGAAAUAUAAUUUUGGAGGGGGAUCUGGGGCCAGAAGAAAAGAGACUCGAGUUGGUUCCUCCUGUGCCAGCGGUUGCACCGCGCUGCAAUGUCUCUGUGCCAGUCGUGCUGUGCUCCCGCUGCAGCUCCGGUGGUGGCAGAGCAACGUGCCAGUGCGCUGCCACGCUGCCGGGCUGUGCGGCUCUGCUAAGAGCUGAUCUGGGUGUAAAGAAGAGGAAACACCGUCGUGCAGCCACUGAUGUGUGCAGCUGCUGAGAUGAGGAGCCGGUUUUGCUAUGGAGCCUCGAGGUACACGGGCUCACCACCCACAGCACAGGCUGGAGGAAGCCACUGUUUUAACAACAAACCCACGCUGAUAUCCUUUGCUUUUUCAAAACAACUUUUCUGGCAAAAAGGCUCUCUUUUCCCUCACAUUUACUCCAUCUGUGGCUUCAGCUGAAGCUGUGGUACUCCUGUGCCAGACUUGUACGUUGUGCAGCACUGUUCUCCCCAGCCCACGCAGCGUUGUGGGUCCGCUGCCAGUACCAGUGCUGGAAGGAUUCCGGCUGGCAUCCCCAGGGGCUUGGCUGCCAAUAGUGCUGGUUCUGACCCAGUCAGUCCGCAGCACUCUGCUGUGAGCAUGGCCGUAUCGAUGGCAGUGGGGAGGAGAAGUUCCCUCUACGGAGCUCUGCUUGCAAGCUUUGGUGCAGAAAGGCUCUGCUGGUCAGCACGAGUUGCCGACAUGUGACGGGAAUGUGAUUCCACCCCAGGAAUACUGUCAGCAGUCUCAGCAAGCUCUGGUUUGAUACUGCAGCUCUGUCAGUGCCUUCUAAGAGAACUACUGCUCGUUUCCAUCAGCUCUCCUAGAAGUAAUUUCACAAAUCAAAGUAACUUAGGAAAAGUUCUCUUGAGUUGAACAUCUCUGCCUUUCUGAGGAUAUAUUUUGUCUGAAUUCGGAAUAUAUUUUGACACAGAUUCAUUCCCCCUUUCCAGAGGAAACUACUCCUUCACACAGGGGGAAAUACUUAGCAUCAUUAACCCUCCCUUCCCAAACACUUCCACAUAGGAAGAGGAAAGAAGUGAUGGGCUGACAGUAUGACUGCUUACCCAUGCAGCACCAUCGCCAUGGAAACAGACUGUCCUAGAAUAGCUCCAUCACAUGAGGGUUACAUGACAUGAAUAAAGUAGCCAGAAAACUGGAAAAUAUCUUAGAACUGGCGAUACUUGCACGUAAUUCAUUACCCCCCAGGUCUUUGGAGAGCAGUAAAUAAACAAAGCUGGUAUUAAAGUCAGUGUCGUGCAUGUAUAUCAUUACGUAUAAGUGAGAGGAUAGUGGAAAACAAGCAUGAUCCUCAUUUAAAGGGCUGUUUGUUGCGUCCAGUUUGGGAUACGUUAUUUUAGAAGGAGUUUCAUAUAAUUUUCCAUGUGAUCUCCUGCUUCUUGAAAUCGGUACCAGUGGUUUUCAGCAGUGGAUCCCCGUGGAUUUCCUCUGUGCAUCAGCAGGCACUGACUGUUCUGCACUCCUUAGGAGAUUUUGGAUGUUCUAACAAGUAAAUGCAGUAGUUGAAGUAAGAACUGCCUGUGCAUAGAAGGGAUUGCAAAAUGACCUUUGAGAUGUUUCCUUCUAGUUAAUUAUGAACUCACAGGGCAAAGAGAUUUAUUGAGCAUAACCAUUUUCAAUAGAGAAAUGAAUAUAUUUCACUGAUGAUUAAUUUUCUCUCUGUAAAGUCAAUGUUUUUUAACGUGUUGUGACAGUCACUGGGAAAUCUAUUACACAAACCAGAUACAAGCAAGUAAAUAUUCUUCCAAUUCGCCAUAAAGAAAACUGCAGUUAGGUAGGAAAAAAAAAUCAUUAUUCACCAGCUGCAUGUCAUCCCACUGUUAGAACGUGCUAGCCCUCCCAGCAGUGUGAGGACCCUGUCAGUCCUGUGGGCAGGCACAGCUCAUUCAUUACUUUUCUUCUCAUUUGUCCAACCCACAUCAUGUUAUGUGUCAUAGCUCCCGCUGCAGAGAUGAAGUUUUGUAGUAUGCUUUUUUGUCUGCUGUGUGAAUGAAGAGCAUAAAGCCAUUACGCGUUCAUAUUAGUCCGUUUGUUGUCUUGGUGCCUCUGAUAGGAAACAGAAUAAUUUCCGUCAUCUGUCUCAAGACACAGACUUCCAAUGGACACCAUUCACACCUCAGUGAAUGGGGAAUGAACAUGUUUAAAGAUUGAGAUCCUCAGGAUUUUACUUUGGUCACUAAAGGACUAGAAGGCGCAGGAGAAAACCCAUAGUUCUCAUCUGUAAUAGUCUCUGUGCUGUUUCAUGCAGUGUAUGUAAGUGGUUUUUGCAUCGGUUAGGACUGAUCACCUCCAAUAUAACAACUUUGCACCAUUAAUGAGAGUUGAAAAUGGUUUAAAGUAAACUUUUUUUUGUGUUUUCCUUAGAUGCAUUUCUGAUUUAUAAAGCAUCAUUAAGUGGGAAGGCAUUUAGGGCUUCGUGUAAUUUGCUACUGAUAGCUUCUCAACUUCUUGCUCUGUGUCGUAAAGAUGCCCUGUAAGCUGUGUGAGUAACAUUAGUGCCUGCUUACACGGUGCUUUUCUCCCACAGACAGAGGCCUUAUUCUGAGCGUGUUAAGCUAGGCACGCAGCUCGCAUUGCUGAGCGUUACCCACCUGAAACCCGCAGCACUGACUGCAAGCGAAGGUCAACGGGGAGAGGUUUCCUAUCUGGUGCCUCUUGUGUUUACCGUCUGUGGGGCAGAUUGUUCCUUAAAGGCUACAUUUUAACAGUGCCCUGCUUUGCUUAGUAAAAGCAAAUGCUGUUAGGUGUGUCUUUUAAAACCACCUAAUCCCUGUUCUUCCUAAAACUAGGAAGUUGUCCUGACUUGUUGGAAUUUGUCCAGCCUUUUGGUCCCAGUGGGCAAGUGUGAUGUGCUGUGGUCCUGGAGAGUUUACAGUUGUUCACUCUGUAGCCCAGGGAGAGCGAUGCUCUGGUUUUUGUUGUUUGUUUCAUUUGAAUGACUUUAGAUUUGCUUAGGAGCACAAAGAGUCAUUCAUUUUUGAUUAGUUGAUUGAUGACACUGCAUGUGUGCGCCAUUGUUGCAGGACGUGGGGGUUUCUCUAGCCAACCAUUCCCAUUUGCAAUUGCAACCCAAUACCUGGGCUUUGAAAGAAGAUGAAAGGAAUGAAUAUUAUAACUGCCUAUUGACUGAGGAGGAAAAGAAAAUUUUCCUUUUUUUUUUUUUAAAAAAAAGGUUUUUGCUCUGUCUACAUUCCAGUAAAAGGAGCAAACCUGUGAAAUGGUCUAAUUCUGAUACAACUUGCCCUUGUGUCAGCUCCAGUGCAGUUCCCACAUUCUUUAAGAACCUGAAUCUGAACAAUAAAAUACUGUAGAUAAUACAUUAUUUCACAACACGAUAAAUAAUUUCUCCUGGCUGCGUUUUCGGAUAUUUGCAGGGAUGGUGCUUGGGAAUGCUUACAGUCAGUGCAUACACAGAAAUGAAUCAGUUUGCACUCUGUGUUCAGCAGGCAAAAGUUUAUUUCUGGGAGGGCAGGAAAAGGGCAUAGGGGUCUGCUACUCCAGCUGAAAAUCGUGCGCAGAAAAAAGAGUAAAUAAGAGCUAUUGAAACAGGCUGUACUUCCCAUUGCUGUCGAGUCCUUCAAAGUGACCAGUGGCUAAACACCCAAAUGUUUAUUGUCUCAGACAGAAAAAUGAAAACCUACCCAGCCAUUGGUUUCUUCGUCCUCUUCGUCAUCAGCUAUGGCUCUUCUGAAAACUCCAGCAUGCCGAGAGGGUGCGGACUGGACCUCCUCCCGCAGUACGUGUACCUCUGCGACCUGGAUGCCAUCUGGGGAAUAGUUGUGGAGGCGGUUGCGGGAGCAGGUGUGCUGACAACGUUACUGCUGAUGCUGAUUUUGCUGGUGAGGCUGCCCUUCAUCAAGGAAAAAGAGAAGAAGAGCCCCCUGGGAAUGCACUUCCUCUUUCUUUUUGGGACACUCGGACUGUUUGGGCUGACGUUUGCUUUCAUCAUUCAGGAAGAUGAAAUGGUGUGCUCUACCCGAAGAUUUCUGUGGGGAGUUAUCUUUGCUUUGUGCUUCUCGUGCUUGCUAGCUCAAGCUUGGAGACUUCGCAGACUAGUUCGGCACGGGAAGAGUCCGUCUGGCUGGCAUCUAGCUGGUGUGGCGAUCUGCCUGAUGCUUGUUCAGGUCAUCAUUGCAACUGAGUGGUUAAUACUGACAGUUGUCAGAGAUAACAAGAUGGCUUGCAGCUACGAACCAAUGGAUUUUGCCAUGGCUUUGAUUUAUGUUAUGUUCCUGAUGGUAUUUACCAUGGGGUUUUCUCUUUUCACUCUCUGUGGAAAGUUUAAGAAAUGGAAGAAAAACGGAGUAUGCCUGAUUAUAACGCUUUUUUUUUCCAUUCUGAUUUGGGUAGCCUGGAUGACUAUGUACCUCUUUGGUAAUGCUGAACUAAAGAGAAGAGAUAAAUGGAGUGAUCCCACUCUUGCUAUUGCACUGGUGUCCAGUGGUUGGGUGUUUGUUAUUUUUCAUGCUAUCCCAGAGGUCCACUGUACCAUCCUUCCAUCACAGCAGGAAAACACUCCCAAUUAUUUUGACACUUCACAGCCAAGGAUGCGUGAAACUGCUUUUGAGGAAGAUAUACAGCUUCCUCGGAGCUACAUGGAAAACAAAGCCUUUUCUAUGGAUGAACAUAAUGCAGCACUAAGGACGGCAGGAUUUCGAAACGGCAGCUUGGGAAGCCGACCUAGUGCUCCUUUUAGAAGCAAUGUGUAUCAGCCAACUGAGAUGGCAGUUGUGCUAAAUGGUGGGACUAUACCAACAGCUCCGCCAAGUUACACUGGACGACACCUCUGGUGAAAGGCUGUAGGCUGUAGAGAAUAAGAAUCCUUGUUGCAGAAUUGUUCCCUGUCAGUGUGUCUUUGAGGGAGGAAUUGAUACCAGUACCAGAACAAAGCAACAGAACAUCCAGGAGCUUGCGAAAUCCCACAGAGGAUUUUGUGUAAAUGUGAACACCGUGGAACAGAUAAACUAACUGCGAAAAGAAAAUUAUAAGUCUGAAGCUAAAUCUGAAUUAAAAUAGAGGUAGGCACACUUCAAAAUGGAAGAGGGGGAUAUUGUAUUCUGAAAUGUAAGAUAUUCCCUUGUCUGUAACCAGUAACCAGUGUGCAAGGCAAGCCUGAUUCUUUUUGUUGGAUGCCAGCUGCUUGCAAACUACCCUCCUCUCACCUAAACUUAAUUCACGUUGCCACAAGAGAUUGCCACUACAGUGUGAAGACAUGCAGGAUUUCUUUCCAUCUUGCUCCUUUUCCCUUCAUCUCAAAUGUCAUGAAAAGUAUAUUGUUUGCUUCAUUAUCCAGCUGUAUUGUAACAUCACACGGCAUCACCUGCAUUAUUGCUCUGUGGCAGCUCAGUUACCAUUACGCUGUAGGCUGACACUCUUCUUUUUAAAAAGCUCUUGUAUGAGAAGCAGUACUGGAGAGACACAAGGUCUGUGCAUGCUUCAUGUGAGCACUGGAGCUUCUUGAGGCAGAGAAGUGCAGGUCCAGCAUAGGCAGCUCUUCAGCAGCCCGGAAUUGGAUUCCCUCCUGCUCCUCAAGCUGGGUGUGAGCAGUCGCGCAUUCUCACUUCUACAGAAGAAGCCAUUAAAAGAAUCUGUGGAGGGAUACACUUUGCAAAGACUUAGCUGGCGAGAGAACAUGACUCGUGUUUGCCACGAGUGCGUUGUGAUAGGAGAUGAAGGGUGACCUGUGCAGCGACGUCCGUCUGUGCUGGUGGGCUGGUUUCUGUCCAGGCUGGUGGGCCAAGGUCUGUCUGCUGGUGGGUUGGGGUCUGUCCAGGCUGGUGGACUGAGGCCGGCGCACAGGAGGUCAGUGACAGCUGCAGAGCACCGACCGCCUGUCAGGAGGAACGCGGCGUGUGUAGGGCUGAGGCUGCUGCUUCUAAUCCCUGUUUGUAUGGGUAGUCUCAUUGACUGCGGUUGUUUGUGCAUUUAAAUGUGGUUGUGCAUUUUAGUGCCUAGCUGGUAGAAUCUCCAUUCUGGAGGUGGUUUGUUGUUGUUUUUGUUUUUUUUUUUUUUUAAGGUGGAUUCUUCCCUAGUUCUCCCCUCUGCCUCCGCUUUUUCAAGUUAAAAUAUGGCAGACUUUCUCAAAGCUUUUAAUCCUUGUUUUCUCCGGGUUAUUUAAAAGGUUCCCAUUGCCCAUUGUUUGUGCCAUGGUUUUCAUUAUGUUUAAGCAAUCAUUCCUUUAUUUAACAUUUAAUACAUAUCUGACGUUGAAAACAUCACCGUAUCCUCACUGUUUGGCCAAUAUUAAUCUUAGCUUUCCUCGAUUCUAAAAGCAAAUUGUUUUUACUUGAGGGCAUAGGAAACAUUUAACAAAUAAACUUUGCAUAUGCUAUAAUAAAAAACUAUAUUUUCAAACUAAAAAAAAUAUAAUGUACAAAUAACUAAAUAGCUUAGUAGCUUCACAGAAAGAAGUUACUUGCUGUCUACUGCAGAAGAAAGACAAGUAUUCUAUUUUUCAAGAGUCUUCCUGAUUCUCCACGUACCUCCAUUUCUGCUGAACUAGGAACCUAGUCCUGCAGACUGUACUCCCACGAGUAGUCCCCUUGAUACCAGUAAGUCUACAUACAGGUACAGAGGCUGCAAGACCAGUCCCUAAGUGUUGCACACAGAUACAUAUGUGUGUGUGUAUAUAUAUAUAUAUAUAUGCAUAUAUAUAUAUAUGAAGGUAUAUAUAUUGCCAUUCUUGCCAUGAUCGUCUUAUAAGGUUUUACUUCACAGCCCUUCUCUUCCAGAAGCAAUGUUUUUCUGUCAUGCAUGAGUUAAGGAGCAUGCUAGCUCCAUGUUGGAUAUUCUCCCCUGCCCUUCCCCCCUCAAGGCAAAGGAAGCAUGUGCUUGCUUAGGGAUUGCUUAUUUAUUUUGUAAGUAACUAGAUGGCCUAAGUAACCAAGCAGGGUAGGGGUGGAUAUUGCAUGCUAUCCAGUGACUUAGAAAUACAUUUGCUUUAUUAAAAGCAAAGCUUUAAUUAAAUAAGACAGCAUUCAUGAUAGUUACCCUGAAGCUGCGUCACAUGGAACAAUAUAAAACCUGUUAUCAUCACUUGCCUGCCGAGUUUUGUUUUUAAAAAUCAAUUAAACAAAAUCAGAAAACUCUAUUGUAAAAACAUAUAAGAUGACCAUGGCGUAAAUGGUAGGACAGCUUUCUUUUAAACAGUUUAUCAUGCUACAGCCGAGAUUUAGGAAUUAUAAUACCAACUGCCUUGGCCUACAAGGCCUUGGACGAAACUGUACAAUAUGUAGUUCUCUUAAGAAAUGUUAUUUUUUCUUUUUCUAGAUGUGACUGAAUUGAUAAAUAGACUUCCCAAUACUGUUCCUAAUGAAGCUGAUUAGAAUUUAAGGCCUUGUGUAAGGAUAGGGCCAGACCCUACAGACUGCUCCUGGUGUGACUACUGUAGUUGGUUAGUCAUGGGGGCCAUUCACAGAAUUACAAAGUGGCAGGAUUGGUCUUAAUUUGUGGUGGUGAAGGUGUGGCAAUAGAUUAGGAAGGUCUUUAUUUUCCAAUUUUGCACAAUUAGUAAUAAGCAACUUUUCUUUGUAAGUCACUAGUUUGUGAUGUUAAAAGCCCCAAAUAAAAAUGUGAUUGAAGAAAGGCACCUUUAUGUUAGCUUAUACUUCUGUUACAGUAAACAGUUCAUUUACUUUUGCCUUUUAUGAGUUAUCCAGAAUGUAGAGCAUCUGUGAACAACAUAAGUAAGUGUAAGCACAAGCCUUUCACAGUUCAGUUAAUUAGAAUUAGCUUUUAUACUAUAAAAGCUACUGUGUUGUCCCUUGAUGGCUAUGUGAUCAUGGCAUUUCCAUACAGAAAAAUUAAACUGUAAAACAUCUGAAAAAAAUUGUUACCAGAACAAGAUUUUUAAUAACUGGCUUCUGCAGUGGCCAGGAAAAUAGUUCAAAGCCAUACUUUUACAGGUCCUGUCCUGCUUUCAGAGGAGCUGAGGGUGUCUGACACUGGCCAGAAAAUAUGUAGCAUCUUCAGAAUAGCACUCUCAGUACAUACGCUUGUUUCUAUAAACAAGGUACAUGAAAUAUAGAACUAGUUGUAUCUGUUUUUAGUGUAAACUUGGGCAUCUCGGUUGGCUUUGGAGCUUGAUGCCUUGGGCCUCACCAAAGGCGAUGCAAAAGGGAGCAUUGUAGCUUUUAUAAUAAAACAAUUGGACUACUCUACCAAUUUACAGGAUUACAAAGCAGGUGCUUUUUAUUAAUUGAUGAGAGCUAAAGCUCAUUUUUGAUAGAUAAUAUAUAUUUAUUAAAUGUAUUAAUGUGUGUUUUAUAACAUACCUUUUUUUCCGCUGAUUGUUGCAUACACUGGUAUCUUAUUAAGUACAUCUUUAAAUGAUUUUCAAGACAAUCAAUGUGUACCAUGAUGUCUGUACAUAAGUAUACAAAACUACAAAGGUUGUAAAGCAUGGGCAAAUGUUUUAUUUUCAAAAUGCUGUUCUUAACGAGAAUAAAAGCUUUACUAUUUACUUACAA